AAAUGUCGGAAGAUGAUGAAUUAAAGCCGCAGUUGGAAAUAUCUCGGCACCUCAAGACUACAGUACCUGCCCUGGCUCGCCUAGCCACAGCGCUAACCUGUACAAUUUGCUAUGAUCCAUUCGAGAAUCCGGUUAUAACUGGUUGUAGUCAUACGUACUGCAGUGUUUGUAUUCGAAAAUACCUUCUGUUUAAACAACAGUGUCCGCAGUGCGGUACACUAACAACAGACGGACAACUCAGGACGAAUAAGAGUAUAGAUGAGAGUGCAGGACUUCUCCGUGAUCUGGUUUCAUCUUUAGAAUCAUUAAUCACUCAGCCAGAGAAAAAGAAACUUCCUAGAGAUUUGAAUUCAGUAGAGCUGAAACCACCAGAUUCAAAACCUUCUCCUGAGCGUAGGACGGAGAAGGCUAAGAUUGACACCUUCUCCCCUCUCCGUGAGUCUCAGGUUCCUUCCAGGAACGGUGUAGACUCUACGGAGCACCAGAGUAAUUCUUGUUCUUCGGAGCAUAAGAGUAAAUCUAGUUCCAAGGAGCAUCAGAGUAAAUCUAGUUCUACGGAGCACCCGAGUAAAUCUAGUUCUACGGAGCACCGUACUAAAUCCACCUGUCCUGUGUGCAGUGUGCAAGUCCCAACCACCAAUCUGUCACAGCAUCUUAGUACCUGUCAGAAUAUACCGGUUCUUCCUAAGAAACCGGUUCAGAAGCUUAAACCCCUGCCUAAGCUUGUCUAUGCCCUGAUGAAGGACACCCAGCUGAAGAAGACCUGCAAGGAGGUGGGGCUGGAUGUCAAGGGGGACAGGAGAGCGUUGAUUAAACGGCACCAGAAGUAUACGCUGCUCUACAACUCAGAAUGUGAUCAGGAGCGUCCUCGCUCUACUCGCGAGAUACUGCGGCAGGUUGAGAGGGAAGAGGCAGCGGAGAAGAAAGGGAUUGGAAACCAUUCCUUACUCCAAUACGACAGGAAUACUGAUAGUGCAAGUAUUGAAGCAAAACAACGGCAAUACAUUCAAGAGAACCAAUCUGCUUUUAUCUCUUUAAUAGAAACAACGAAACUGAGAACAGGAUCAUUGGCUGUCAUUGAAUCAACAAAAAAGAAGAACAAGGAAAAUAUAGAUUUGUUCACACCUUUGGAUCCUAUUGAUGUCGAUGAAGCUAUUCUAGACGCUUACAGCUCAAAACCUCAACCUAAAUCUCAGCCAUUCAAAUCAGCAGAGCCUAGAUCAUCAAACCCCGAACCUGAACCUAAACCUGGAACAUCAAAAUUAGAACUGAAGUCGGAAUCUCUAAGAACAUUUUCAAGUCCUAAACUAUCCGAUCUAAAAACAGAUGAAAGGGUAUUAGACAAAGAAUCGUUCACCAUGAUACAGAAUACAUCGUUCAGUCCUAAAACCAGUUUUGGUCCCCCACUCGCAAAUCCACGAGGCUCUGCCGUGUCCCGGAAAAAAGGCGGGAAUUCUCGUAAACCGUCGCGAGAGGAGACCAAGAGUAUAAAAGAAAGCCUGGCACUGAGCGUAGAACGAACUCAGCAGCAAGAUAAACAUCCUUGUCCAGUCUGCCAAACUUUAGUUCCCGCCAAAUAUCUCAAUAUCCACCUUGAUAAAUGCUUAUUAAAAUCUGAAAAACCUGGCCCAAGUCCUAUUCUCAAGAAAACUAAAAAACCAAGUGGAAAAUCUACAUCCAAGCCUAUUGAGAUCUCCAUGGAUUCAGACUCUGAUCUCGAGGAUCUCAUUUGUCCAUGGGAAUCCCCACCUCGUAGUAAGAAGCGGAAUAGAGUUGUAGAGAGCGAUGAUGAGAAACUUCCGGAGACUGAUUCCCAGGAUUGGACUGAUUCCCAAGACCAAGACGGGACUGAUUCCCAAAAUUCCUCUCUGAUUGUUGCUGAACCUUCUUUGUUAGAUUUAGUUAACAUGGGAUUAGGAAGCAAAGGCCACGGUACCGGAUUUAUGAAAGCAAGUGAAAUGAUGAGAAAAGAAAGAGUUGAGAACACAGAUAAGGGAGAAGAGAAAUUUUCUAAUGAUCUGGAUCAGUAUACAGAUCAUAUCUCAAAAAGCAGUUACUCCCAGGAUUCCGAGGAUAUGUUUGCAUCAUAUGAGAACACCAAUGAAACUCUUGAAGAAGAGGAGAAGAGGGAUGAAAGUGAAAUCAUAGAUCUGGACGAGGGGAGUGAGGAUGAAAGUGUUAUUAUAGACCUGGAUGAGGAUAAUGAGUGGGAUGAGACUCUGAACCAGCAUAUUGAUGCAGCAACGGAUCUUCUUACUUCAGACGAAGAGAAAGACGUUGAAUCAAGAAAGGUUGAUAAAAUUAAAACGAAAAACGAGACUAAAACUGAAACUAAAUCAAAGAAGAAGAAGAACGUAGAAGAAGAGAAAGAAAAGAAAUCUGGCAACAGAGAGUUGAGAAAGCGAACAAGAAAGGAAGAUAAAGAAAAACCUGAUGAUUCCGGAAGAAAAACUCGGAAAAGGAAAUAGUCCAAAUAUUUUUUUGAAAUAACCGAAACAUAUAUUAUAUGUAAACUGUUUAAAGUUUUGUUAGAUUAUAUUUGAAUAAUAAACACAUUAUA